AUGGCCGACGCAGUAGAAGAGAUUGAAAGAGAAGGCGGCAGUCGCGCCGUCAAGGAUCUGUUUGCGGGUGCAGUCGGUGGUGUUGCACAAGUGUUGAUUGCUGCUUUCUACAAGGGCACGUUAACACCACUUAUCGGUAUUGGUGCAUGCGUGUCUGUCCAAUUUGGAGCAUUCCACUAUGCUCGCCGCGCCUUUGAGCGCCAGAACGCAGCAAAGACCGGCGGUGUCCUUGAAACACCCCAGCCGCUCUCAUACGGCCAAUACUAUGCAGCCGGCGCCUUCGCCGGUAUCGCCAACACACUAAUGUCCUCUCCUAUCGAACACAUUCGUAUCCGUCUGCAAACGCAGCCCCACGGUGCAGCACGCCUCUACAACGGCCCCAUCGACUGCGUCAAGAAACUCUGCGCCCACGAAGGCGUGCUCAAAGGCCUCUACCGCGGCACAGGCGUGACCUGGUUCCGUGAAGCCCAGGCCUACGGUGUUUGGUUCACCGCUUUCGAAUUCAUGAUGAACCAGGAUGCCAAGCGCAACGGUAUCGAGCGCAAGGAAAUCCCCACCUGGAAGAUCGCGUUGUAUGGUGGUCUGGCUGGUGAGGCCCUCUGGCUCGGAAGUUAUCCUUUCGAUGUCAUCAAGUCGAAGAUGCAGAGUGAUGGCUUUGGUGCUCAGCAAAAGUACAAGAGCAUGCGUGAUACCUUCGCGCAGACAUGGAGAGGUGAAGGUAUGAGAGGUUUCUGGAGAGGAUUGGGUCCUACUUUGUUGAGAGCCAUGCCUGUAUCUGCUGGUACCUUUGCUACUGUCGAAUUGACUAUGCGCUUGAUCAGCUAG